AUGGGUUUCCAAGGCAUUGAUUUAAACCCGGUUGCAUCAAAUGAAGAUCCAAAACAUAUAUAUAUAUCUCUGCCUCCUCUUGUGACUCUUCCUCAUUGCUAAACUCAAAUGUCACCCGAGGAAGAGGAUUGUGUUGUUGCUGUCAAGUUCUUGGAACCUCAGCUCAGCUUUUUCAGACCCAAUAACUCAGAGUGGAUCGACAUCAGAAUCCAAAACCCUAGAUUCUUUGCUUCCAAUGUAAUGCAUUCCAAGAAAGAUGACAUGUUUCUCAUUCCUGGAUUUGGAGGCCACGUCAUCGCAUCAUGGGAUCUCCACGAACAUGGCAACAAGCCCAAGUUUCAAUGGUUGCGUUUCAGAAAAACUCCCUGCUGCAUGACCACUGCCAACAAAACGCUUCUGGACUCGUGCUGUAAGAGCGAACACUUGGUAGAGUCAAGAGCCACCGGUGAAACUUUCAUGGUUAAGUUGUACAAGAAGACCAUGUACGGUACUGCUGCGAAGAUAAAAACAGAAGCUGUAAUGGUUUUCAAGCUAGAUGACAACGGAAACGCUGUUUACACUAAAGACACUGGAGACCUCUGCAUUCUCCUAACCGCUUCAUAG